UCUCCCGUGCACACAGCUAUGACUCCAUGAAGAGUGAGCGGUCACUGGACAGGCGUUUUUCGUUCAAAGAUGGACACCACUCCACUCAUCGAAGGAUCAGUCAGAAGAGACCAGUCUCCCGGGCACACAGCUAUGACUCCAUGAAGAGUGAGCGGUCACUGGACUGGCGUUUUUCGUUCAAAGAUGGACACCACUCCACUCAUCGAAGGUUGACUGGCGCUGGCGGCGCCCCUCCAGCAGAGGACACCCUACGCGACCACAUAAACCGCCUAAGGCAAGGGCUGGCCCUGCGUGUGAGAGACCUGUCUAAGAAAGCUGGAAUCAGUUUUAAAGAUGAAAAGAACUCCUCUGACACUGACAGGAUCAGUCAGGAGAGACCAGCCUCCGCUGUACCCAGCUGUGAGUCCAUGAAGAGUGACUGGUCUAUGGAUCAUCCUAUUGUGUUCAAAGAUGGACACCACUCCACUCAGCAAAGGAUCAGUCAGGAGAGACCAGCCUCCCCUGUACCCAGCUGUGUGUCCAUGAAGAGUGAGCGGUCUAUGGAUCCACCUAUUGUGUUCAAAGAUGGACACCACUCCACUCAGCAAAGGGUGACUGGUGCUGGCGGCACCCCUACAGCAGGGGACACCCUAGGCGACCGCAUAAACCGGCUAAGCCAAGAGUGGGCCCUGUGUGUGAGAGACCUGUCUAAGAAAGCUGCAAUCAGUUUUAAAGAUGAAGAGAACUCCUCUGACACUGACAGGAUCAUUCAGAAGAGACCAGACCAGAGAGAGAGACCCAGCUGUGUGUCCAUGAAGAGUGACCGGUCACUGGACUGGACUUUUCUGUUCAAAGAUGGACACCACUCCACUCAGCAAAGGAUCAGUCAGGAGAGACCAGACUCCCCUGAACCCAGCAGUGACUCCAUGAAGAGUGAGCGGUCACUGGACUGGCUUUUUUCGUUCGAAGAUGGACACCACUCCACUCAUCGCAGGUUGACUGGCGCUGGCGGCGCCCCUCCAGCAGAGGACACCCUACGCGACCACAUAAACCGCCUAUACCGCCUAAGGCAAGAGCGGGCCCUGCAUGCGAGAGACCUGUCUAAGAAAGCUGGAAUCAGUUUUAAAGAUGAAAAGAACUCCUCUGACACUGACAGGAUCAGUCAGGAGAGACCAGCCUACUUUUUCCCCUGCUACGAGUCCAUGAAGAGUGAUGAGACACCGGACUGGCUUAUUUCGUUUGACGAUGGACGCCACUCCACUCAUCGAAGGGUGACUGGUGCUGGCGGCACCCCUACAGCAGGGGACACCCUACGCGACCGCAUAAACCGGCUAAGCCAAGAGCUGGCCCUGUGUGUGAGAGACCUGUCUAAGAAAGCUGCAAUCAGUUUUAAAGAUGAAGAGAACUCCUCUGACACUGAGGUGGACCAUGGUGUCCGAGCCCGGCGGACUACUUUCCUCAAGCUGUGGCGGCAGAUUACCGACAACAUGGAAAGGAUCGAGCAGGAGAAACCAGACACGAUGAGCGACCGGCCAAAGGAUGGUCACAUUGAGUUUAAAGAUGAGAAGAACCUCUCUGAAACACACAGGGUCCGACAGGAGAGACCCGGCUCCCCUGUACCCAGCUGUGUGUCCAUGAAGAGUGACUGGUCUAUGGAUCAUCCUGUUCAGUUCAAAGAUGGACACCACUCCACUGAACAGAGGUUUAGUGGGCAGGCGGCCAAGGAGCAUCAAACAAACCUUGACCUCAUAUUUAAGAUGGUUGAAGAGAGCAUUUUAACUUUUGUGAGGAACGAGCUGAAAAGAAUCCAGAAGCUUCUGAGUCCGGAUUACCCAGAGAAACAAAGGGAAGAUGAGGAAGUGAUGGACUAUGAGGAAGAGGAACAGAAGAGGAGCAGCAGAGAGGCUUUUCUGCAGAUCACUCUGCACUUCCUGAGGAAAAUGAAGCUAGAGGAGCUGGCUGACUGCCUGCAGAGCAAGAAGGGGCUUUUAACAGAUGUGUUGAUGGUGUGCCAUCGUGAACUCAAAUCUCACCUGAAGCAGAAGUUUCAGUUUGUGUUUGAGGGGAUUGCCAAACCAGGAAACUCAACUCUUCUGAAUCAGAUCUACACAGAGCUGUACAUCACAGAGGGAGAGAGUGGAGAGGUCAAUACUCAACAUGAAGUCAGACAGAUUGACAAAGCAUACAAGAAACCUGCAGGAGCAGAGGUAGUAAUAAAAUCUGAAGACAUCUUUAAACCUUUACCUGGAAGAGAUAAACCAGUCAGAACAGUGAUGACAAAGGGAGUGGCUGGCAUUGGGAAAACAGUCUUAACACAGAAGUUCACUCUGGACUGGGCUGAAGCCAAAACCAACCAGCAUGUCCACUUCACAUUUCCAUUCACUUUCAGAGAGCUGAAUUUGCUGAAAGAGAGAAAGUACAGCUUGGUGCAACUUCUUCAUGGCUUCUUCACUGAGACCAAAGACGCAGGAAUCAGCAGGUUUGAUGAGUUCCAGGUUGUGUUGAUCUUUGACGGUCUGGAUGAGUGUCGACUUCCUCUGGACUUCAACAACAACCAGAUCCUGACUGAUGUUACAGAGUCCACCUCAGUGGACGUUCUGCUGACAAACCUCAUCAGGGGGAACCUGCUUCCCUCUGCUCGCCUCUGGAUAACCACACGACCCGCAGCAGCCAAUCAGAUCCCUCCUGAGUGUGUUGACAUGGUGACAGAGGUGAGAGGCUUCACUGACCCACAGAAGGAAGAAUACUUCAGGAAGAGAUUCGGAGAUGAGGAGCAGGCCGGCAGAAUCAUCUCCCACAUCAAGACGUCACGAAGCCUCCACAUCAUGUGCCACAUCCCAGUCUUCUGCUGGAUCACUGCUACAGUUCUGGAGGACAUGUUAAAAACCAGUGAGGGAGGACAGCUGCCCAAGACCCUGACUGAGAUGUACAUCCACUUCCUGGUGGUUCAGUCCAAAGUGCAAAACAUCAAGUAUCAUGACAGAGCUGAGGCAGAUCCACACUGGACUGCAGAGACCAGGGAGAUAAUCCUGUCUCUGGGAAAACUGGCUUUUGAACAGCUGGAGAAAGGCAACCUGAUCUUCUAUGAAGCAGACCUGGCAGAGUGUGGCAUUGAUAUCAGAGCAGCCUCAGUGUACUCAGGAGUGUUCACACAGAUCUUUAAAGAGGAGCGUGGGCUGUACCAGGACAAGGUUUUCUGCUUCGUCCAUCUGAGCCUUCAGGAGUUUUUGGCUGCAGUUUAUGUAUUUAUGACCUUCGUUAACUCUGAUGUGAAUCUGCUGACAGAAAAACAGCUGACCUCCCCAUCGUCCAUCACAUCAAGAAAUAUAGAAGACCUCUACCAGAGUGCUGUGGACAAGGCCUUACAGAGUCCAAAUGGACACCUGGAUUUGUUUCUGCGCUUCCUCUUGGGCCUUUCAGUGGAGACCAACCAGCAUCUCCUACGAGGCCUGCUGACACAGACAAGAAGUAGCUCACAGACCAACCAGGAAACAGUCCAGUACAUCAAGGAGAAGAUCAGAGAGAAUCCAUCUCCAGAGAGAAGCAUCAACUUGUUCCACUGUCUGAAUGAGCUGAAUGACAAUUCUCUAGUGGAGGAGAUCCAACAGCACCUGAGUUCAGGAAGUCCCUCCAGAGUAAGACUCUCCCCUGCUCAGUGGUCAGCUCUGGUCUUCAUCUUACUGUCAUCAGAAGAAGGUCUGGACGUGUUUGACCUGAAGAAGUACUCUGCUUCAGAGGAAGCUCUUCUGGGGCUGCUGCCGGUGGUUAAAGCCUCCAAAAUAGCUCUGCUGAGUGGCUGUAAUCUGUCAGAGGAAAGCUGUGAGGCUCUGGCCUCAGUUCUCAGCUCCCAGUCCUCCAGUCUGAGAGAGCGUGACCUGAGCAACAAUGACCUGCAGGAUUCAGGAGUGAAGCUGCUCUCUGCUGGACUGGAGAGUCCAAACUGUAGACUGGAGGCUCUCAGGCUGUCAGGCUGUCUGGUAACAGAGGAAGGCUGUGCUGCUCUGGCCUCAGCUCUGAGCUUCAACCCCUCCCAUCUGAGAGAGCUGGACCUGAAUCUGGACGUGUUUGACUUGAAGAAAUACUCUGCUCCAGAGGAGGUUUUUCUGAGGUUGCUGCCGGUGGUUAAAGCCUCCAUUAAAUCUGUUCUGAGUGGCUGUAAUCUGUCAGAGAGAAGCUGUGAGGCUCUGGCCUCAGUUCUCAGCUCCACGUCCUCCAGUCUGAGAGAGCUGGACCUGAGCAACAACCACCUGCAGGAUUCAGGAGUGAAGCGUCUCUCUGCUGGACUGGAGAGUCCAAACUGUAGACUGAAAGCUCUCAGGCUGAAUCAGAGCCUGCUCACAGAGAAAUGCUGUAAGGAGCUGUCAUCAGUUCUCAGCUCCCAGUCCUCCAGUCUGAGAGAGCUGGACCUGAGCAACAAUGACCUGCAGGAUUCAGGAGUGAAGUGUCUCUCUGCUGGACUGGAGAGUCCAAACUGCAGACUGAAGACUCUCAGGCUGUCAGGCUGUCUGCUCACACAGGAAGGCUGUGCUGCUCUGGCCUCAGCUCUGAGCUCCAACCCCUCCCAUCUGAGAGAGCUGGACCUGAGCUACAAUCAUCCAGGAGCCUCAGGAGUGAAGCUGCUCUCUGCUGGACUGGAGGAUCCAACCUGGAGCCUGGAGGCU